AAUUAAUGUCCUCAUAUCAGAGCAGCGAUCCCUACGAAUUGUAUUAUAUGAUCCAUUAAUUCCUUUAGUUUACAUUAUUGCAAUGAUCAAGACCAGCAUAUUCAUGAUUAAAAUAAAUUGUUUAUUGAAAACCUUGUGAUUUAUGAUGUCAAAUACUAGGUAAAUCAAAUAAAUCAUUCAUUCUAGAUUCACCAUCACAAAACAGUCUUACAAAUAUUCAAUGCCCAGAAUCAACUACUCAAAACUUUAUGGGGUAAUAUCUCCUAAUUCAAUUGUAGGGUUCUAAGAUGUCCAAUUUCCCACUCAUUCAAACUUAGAGUAAAUAAUCAAAGACUCAAUUGAAAGUAAUCUAGUUGUAAGAUAAUCAUAACUAAUUAAGCAAACUGUCUAUAGUCAGACCUAUCCAGGAGGUUAAUUAUUUAAGAUUGGAUAUUAGAAGGAAAUCGAUGCCUGGUUAAUCUAUUCUAACAAUCUCACCGUUGUGGCAUAAAAGUCUGAUGAUUUGACCGAAUUUGCAUUCCAAAGAUUUGAUUCAGCAGUUUAAGUAGCUGAGUUGUGGUUCAAUAUUUUGAAUGAAUGUAAACCAAUGUCUUUAUUCUAGUCAGCCAAGAAAAAAUUAAUAAUUUGAAAUUCGAUUUUCACAAUCGAACUGUGUAUGGUCAUAUCAUCAAUCAGGAAUCUCUGAUCUAUCACCCUAAUGACAUUCUAUAAUUUAUUGGCAUUGUCGACGUGAAUUUCGAAUAAGCCCAAUAAUUAUUUUGCUUUUAUGGAUUACCACAUCCAAAAACAUCCUAAUUCAAAUUGCAAUUAAAAUUACUCUAAAAACACAUAGAGAGAAUUCAAAGAAGUGAUAUUGAAUUAGAAUCAGCAGGAGUUAUCUUAUAUUUCCAUGAUCAAUACUAUGUUGUGCACACAGCUGAGUAUUUAAUUUACAAACACAUUUAAUCAAUGUUGUUGAAUGAAUAACACGUUGAAAGAGACUUUAAAUAAUUUGUAAAAACCUUGCAAGUCAAACCCCCUAGACCAUUUAAGUUUUAUGAGAGCAUAUAUGAAGAAGGCAUGAAAAUAUUGGAAACUUAUAAUAAGAUGGAAAAUACUAUCAAAUUUAAUUUUAAUGACUUCGUCACUAUUAUCUUAUACAACAUCUUUAACAACAAGACUUUCAAAUGGAAUUAAUUAAAUUCUAUUAAAGAUUAUAGAGCCUCUUGGUCAUCCUAUCAACCAAACUCUCUAACAAGAAUACCAGUAUAUGCAGGUGAUGAUCUCUAAAAGAACCCAGAAAAUGUCUUUUUAAUUAUACCUGUAUGUGUUAAUGGAGUUGGUGUUUCAACAUUUGCAAGAACUUUUCAAUCCUUCUAUUACCAAACCUAAAUUGUCAGUGAUAUUCAAGAUGCCAAAAUUAGAGACAACUAUGUCAUUAUCCUAGAACAUAAUCACACUCCAGAAGAAGCAUAAUCCAUUAUAUCUAAAUGUAGUCAGUUUUACAACAAAAUCAUCCUGUAUCCAUACACCAAAAGAUCUUAUAACCAAUUGAAAAUGCCAUUUUCAUAUGAAUUGCUUAUUACUGCCAUGAAAAGAACAUGUACUACUCUAGAAAAAGUUCAAUCUUUCAUUAAGAAAGCUAGGACUUUUGAGAAUUUCAAAGUCAGUUCUCUUUAAGUGAAUGGAGUAAUUGAAUUUCCAUUUGUGGAUGAGGAUCUAAAGAUUGAGCAUGAAUACCUGGAGGAUGAUUUAUUGGAUCUAUUUGAUAACGAUUCUAAAAAGAAUUUGAAUCAAUUCUUUAAAAGUCUCAAAGAGAUCCACCCUUAAAAUUAGAAUAAUGAUACUUUCGAAGAGGAAAUCAAGAAUAUUAUUCAUUAGUUAUUCCCCAAAGUCACAAAAAUUACUAAGCAUCAACCAAUUAAAGUAGACGAUGUCGUGAGAAAGGAAAGCGAAGACAUAGUAGUUCAUGAGAAAAAGAAUAAAGUGCCCAAAAAGGAAAAGCAUGUCCAAUAUGAUCCAACUUAUUUACCAAAUUCACUUAGUUUCUAACUCAAAGGAGGAUACAAUAUGAGAGACAGAAUAAAUAGGUGGAUUUUAGACUGCUUAGUAAUUUUAUCAAUUUAAUUAUCUUUUAGAAUGCAGGCAAUUCACAUUUUAAAAAUGAUGAAGCUUACCACAAAAUUGUGAACAUCUUUUAGAAACAAACCUUUGAGAAUGGUGAAUAGCAUUUCAUUCCAGAAAAGGAACUCAGAUUAGAGUUAUUAACAAUCAACUAAAAUGAUUAGAGUGUUAGAUAGUUACCUUACUUCAAAGAGUUUGUAUAAGACAAAGAAGCAGAAAUAUUUAUUAAGACCUUGUUUGUGAGUUUUGAUGGUUUGAUUGCUGGUCUUGCUCAUUAAACAUCAUUGCCAUGUUAAAGUCCUUAUCCUCACAUUCCAUUCUAUUUCAAAAAUCUUAAAGUAAGAGACAGUCUUUCUGUGAUAUCAUAAACCAUUUUAUCAAAUCAAGUUCUGAAGUAAGCAUUUAAAGAUGGACAACUCUCCAAAGUCACAAACCAACCAUUAUAUACCUCUGAAGACAUUAAGUACAGAAGCAAGACUUACAGAGUUUAUGUAAUUUCAUUGUAAGAUGGCAUUAAAGUUAGUGCUAUCUCUACAGAUAGAUUAUGAUGUGAG